AUGGCUCAACGCGCCCCUUCACCAUCACCUUUCUACCGUCCGGGUAAUCUAGAACUCAUCGACCAUGAACCGGAAUCCCCUCGCGGCCGGAAACGACGUCGCAGCAGUAUUGGCGUCCAACUAGCCAACAAACACAUGUCUACUCUUCGAGGUCGUGCCCGUUAUCGAAGUCUCAGCAUCUUGGGAAGAAGGGCACUCCACUCACACGACAACGAGACAAACUCAGCUGACGAAGAAGAAGAAGAUGAGCUCUUCGACGCUAGCAGUAAAGUCGUCGGUAUAGCCGUAGGCGCAGCAACUCUCGCCGCCGUAAAAGCCUACACCGAUCGUGUCCCUUCUAGCCGUGCAGCCGUCUAUCCGCAUCUCAAGAAACUGGCCGAUAGCCUCGUCAUCCUUGCUAACUCGGGAGCGCAAUCCGAGACUGAGUCUGAGACCGAGUCUUCGAAUACUGAAUCCACCAUCUCUCCCAGCAAGAACGCUCAUUCAAAAGCCCUUCAUGAGGGGAACAAACGGAACCUUGCUACCUCGAAUGCUUUCGAUUACUCGCAGCGCGAGGCUGGAAUUGAGAACCUGCCCAUGUUUUGGAGCGAGAAGAAGAAGAGGAGUCAGAGUCCUAGUCGGAGUCGCAGUCGUAAUGAGAAGAAUAGGGGGACGCCGAGACCGAGGCGUCGACAGAGGACUCAUUCUAGGAGUCGGAGACAUGAUUGA